UCUACCUCCGCAUCCGCCCGCUCCCGGCGCCGGAGCGGGAGCGCGGCUGCAGGCCUGCCGCCGGCCGCGCCAGGGCCAAGGAGCAGCCGCCGCCGCCCAAGAAGCAGCAGCAGCCGCCGGGGGUCUGCCUCGUCGCCACCGGCCCCGGCUCCGUCGCGCUCACCGUCCCCCAGGCCAAGCUCGUCGACCACCGGCGCGGCCGCACCGCCACCGAGGUCUUCGACGGCUUCUCCGCCGUCCUCCCGCCCGACUCCUCGCAGAAUGAUAUCUUUACUCAAGUGAUGAACCCGCUGGUGGACGAGUUCUUGGGAGGAAAGAGCGGCCUUCUGGUGGCGAUGGGUCCGACGGGGUCCGGCAAGACGCACACCGUCUUUGGUACUGCGAGAAAUCCCGGCCUAGUACCGCUCACUCUACAGAAGAUCUUCACUGCGGCAGAUGAAUCCGAAGGUGGCAACCAAUCGCCAAGAUCGUUUUACUUGUCAAUGUUCGAGAUACUCUGUGAAGGAAAAGGAGAACGGAUUCUCGAUCUUCUGUCUGAUGCAGCAGAACUGGCCCUCCAGCAGUCAGCAACAAUUAAAGGCCUUAAAGAGGUGGCCAUUUCAAGUGCCAUGGAUGCUGAGAGUUUAGUUUCACGUGGCAUGCUUAAGCGGAGCACAGCUGCAACUGAUGCUAACAGCGAGUCAAGCCGGUCACAGUGCAUCAUCACUAUACGUGCUGUUCAUAAAACUGUUGACCAACAAAGUGAGCACCAGAUUAGUGGAUCUGUCCUGACAAUUGCUGACCUUGCUGGAGCAGAGCGAAAAAAGAAUACCGGAAAUAAGGGUUCAAGGUUGUUGGAGAGUAACUUUAUCAACAAUACGUCCAUGGUUUUCGGUCUAUGUCUGAGGGCUUUAUUAGAUCAUCAGAAAAAUCAGAAGAAAACCUUGGAGAAACAUUUUAAGAACUCAAUGUUGACUAGGUACUUGAAAGACUACCUGGAAGGAAGGAAGAAGAUGACUCUGAUUUUGAACGUGAAACCAGGAGAAGAUGACUACGCUGAUACAUCAUAUUUGCUCAGACAAGCAUCUCCUUACAUGAAAAUAAGGUACACCAGCCUUGAUGAAUCUUCUGAUUUGGUUUCCCAAAAGAGAACCAAUGUUUCCCUGGUUUGCCAAGAGAACAAGAAAAAGAGGAAGGUUAACAAGCCCGAACCUGAAGUUGUUACGGCUGAAGAAAAAGAGCUGCAAAGAGUGUCUCGAAGUGAACAAAUCAUGAAGAACCUUUUCAAUGCUUUAUGGACUGUUUCAAAACAAAAGAUUUCGGAGUCUGAGGUUGCUGCUAAAAGCAUGCGGGAAUUGCUCAAAGAUAAAGACAUUGAAAUUCUAGAGCUGAAAAAGGAGUUGGAUGACCUGAAGUCUCGUUGGUCACACGUUAAGCAAAAUGAUGCUGCAUCAAUUGCUAUAAGCUCGGUUUCUCAAACUGACCUGGCCAGUGACGCUGCAUUAGACAAUUUCCAUUUGAGCACUGAGUUGGUACAAAAGAUCUCAGAAGAAUGUACAUAUUCUGAUCCAGAAAUGUCUUCAGCUUAUUGCGAUAUGACAGAGAAAUCCGUCGACUGUGAUACCUCUGUUGCUAAUUUGAUAGAUGAACAAGAAUUGAGCUCCAGAUAUUUGAAGAAAGAGGCAUGCACUCCUGAUGUUACUGAACCCAAGUGCGAUCUGAAAAAGGAAAAUACGGAGAUAAUGGGACAAGUGGGCAACAAGGAAUCUGAUGGUUCUGAGAGUUCUGAACAGACUUCGGCACCUGACGGUGGUGUAACACAUGCACCCAGUCAUUUGGAUGAUCCAUCUGAGCUAAGCUAUACAGAACUUCGUAUUGUUCCAUGUAAUCUGUCCGCACAGUUUACUGAUAUACAAGUUAGCGAGAAAGCUCCCAUGGAACAAAGUAAAGAAGAGCUAAGCAGCAAUACAGAAGUGGAGAGUAUUCAACAUGGCGUCGACAUAAAAGAAAUGAAGCAGCAUGAUUAUCAAAGUUCAUCUCAGCAACUGAACUGUGAUGCUGGAGACGUUAGCUCCAAUCAGCCUUUCUUAGAGUUGCAAGGCAUGGGUGCUGCUCACCAGAAUCUUGAUGAACUGGUGCCUGAGCCAGAAAUUUGCGAGCACACGGUAAAGGAGGCUGCUGCAGAACACGCACAUGGCCGACAUGUACCAGACGAAGGGCUUCCCCAGACGAAGGCUUCAAUAGCUCCAACCAAGGACUGCCAGGCAGGGGGGACCGCGGAUGACCAAAAGGAGAACCUUUGCCAGAAAGAAGCAAAUGAGGACCUUUGCGCUUCGAAGCCUCGUGAAAACACAAAGAAGACGUCAAGCAGGAGGAGGCUGCUGCCGGUGGCGUCCAUGAUGCUCAAGGAGUUCACCGGCCCUGCCAUUGAUGCCGCGGAUACCAAGAGGGCCACGGAUGGAGGAGGCGCCAAGACAUUGUCAGGCGAGCAGGCGGCUGCUGGGCGAUCGGACGCGCUCAUCCGGCUCCUCAAAGCGAAAUCUCCGCCCAUGAGGCAUCGCCGGGGCUAGAGAAGAGUACCCACUCAAUUAAAUUAUAUAAAAUUCGUCAAAUCACCUCGGUUUGGUGUAGCUACUUGUCCACGCUAUGGCGCUUUUGUAGGAUCUUCAUCAAGUCCAGUUCACAGUUAGACUUAUGGUGACACCUGGAAUAUUUUAUCUAUCUAAGAAAUGCUGUCAUCGUCGCGCAUUCAUAUAGUUUGCGAUUUUUCUCGGCAAAGAACUAGUACAUAGCGAAA